AUGGCUUUACCUAGAGGGAGCGUUGUACCUACUGCAGACCUUCAAUCAUUUACUGAAUAUUUAAAAGGCUCCAAACGCAUUGUUGCUCUUCUCGGGGCUGGAAUCUCAGCAUCAUCAGGCCUACCCACUUUCCGUGGCGCAGGUGGACUCUGGCGUGCGCACGAUGCAACCUCCCUCGCGACUCCAGAAGCCUUCGAUAGGACCCCCGGCCUCGUGUGGCAAUUCUACAGUUAUCGACGACACAUGGCCUUGCAAGCCCACCCCAACAAAGCACACUACGCCUUGGCGGAGCUAUCGCGAAGGAAUGAAGAUUUCAUUACAUUGAGCCAAAAUGUUGAUGGCCUCUCCCAGCGAGCGAACCAUCCCUCGAAGCAGUUGCAUCUUCUUCACGGCACUCUGUUCAACGUAAAAUGCACCAAUUUCUACUGCAACUACAGCGAAGAAAACUACACAGACCCCAUCGUGCCCGCCCUCGCGAUCCCCCAAAAGGGUUCAGACCUUAACCCCUCUGCGACCGACAAGACUGGCGAGGAAGCAUCGAAGGCGAUUGCAGGAGCGCUGGAAGACACAAGCAACGAGGUCGACAUAUCCGAUCCCAGUAAUCCGAUCGCCACAGUGCCAAAAGAGGACUUACCUCAAUGUCCCAAAUGCAAAGAUGGUUUGCUCCGACCGGGAGUCGUAUGGUUUGGAGAAUCCCUACCGGAGAAAACACUCACAGCUGUUGAUCAGUGGAUCGCAGCGGGUCCAAUUGAUCUAUGCUUGGUCAUUGGCACCAGCGCAAGGGUCUGGCCAGCCGCGGGGUAUGUCCAUGAGGCUCGUUCGCAGGGCGCCCGAGUUGCAGUGUGCAAUAUGGACCCCAAUGAUACACCGGGUGACCUUCAUUACGGUGAUUGGUUCUUUCAAGGAGAUGCGGGUGUUAUUAUCCCUGAGAUACUGAAGGGCGUUAUUGGUGAGAUCUGA